CGUAUUUUGACAACAGUUUUUUAAGGACAGAAUAGUGAUUCUUCUCCUAACUUCUUAUUAUUGAAGAAGGGUGAUUGCAUUAGAUAUUAAAAACUUAUAAUAUCGUGUUGUUUUAUGAUGUUGAAGCAAAAAGUUUCACUGGAAUGGAAGAAACGCGUUAAAAAUGAAUACAUGAAAAUUCGGCUGAGUAAGCGUCAUAAAAAGGUGGAUGAUGUUCGAUCGGCUUGGAAUCGAAACCGACAAGCCUUGUUAGGUAUGUUGGUUGCGGAAAAUGAUGAGUGGCUCUCUACUAAUGCUACAUGGUUGCAAUGCGAGGUGGAGCAGCUUCCUCAUGUUAACUGCAUGAAAAAAGCGGUGGUAAUAGAUCAUGAAGGAAAUCAUCAAAAUGUGUCAAUUCGAGUGGUCAAUGCUGUUACAACGAUUCCAACUAUGUAUACAUGGGCUCCAACGCAACAAAACUUUAUGGUUGAGGAUGAGACUGUGCUUCACAACAUACCGUAUAUGGGCGACGAAGUUCUCGAUAAAGAUGGUUCAUUUAUCGAGGAGUUGAUUAAAAAUUAUGAUGGUAAAGUACAUGGUGAUAAGGAAGAUAGCAUUGAUGAUGCUAUGUUUGUUGAACUGGUACAUACAUUGAUGCAAUACACAAACCAGGAAUCAAAUAUCGACGAAAAAACCGCACACUCUAAAUCGCCUAUUGGAGAAAAAUCGCCCAUUUCGAUUAAUAAUUUUGAUCAAAGCAUUGGAAAAGCUUCGUCGAGUAAAAUGGAAAAAGACAACAAUUGCGAUGAAAACUUGACAUGUAAUGAUUUGAAUACAAAUAAGGAGUUAAGAUUGCCCCAACCGAAUGCCAUGAAAAAGAAUCGACUCAAUGUAAAGGCUUUUCCUGCACCGAUAAUAUUUCAAGCUAUCAGCUCACUGUUUCCUGAGAACGGAACAGGAGAAGAACUGAGAGAUAAAUAUAUUGAACUAACUGAGCGUGUUGAUCCCGAAAGACCACCAGAAUGCACCCCAAAUAUCGAUGGCCCAAGGGCGGAAUCAGUUUCGCGGGAGCAAACUCUUCAUUCUUACCACACACUAUUCUGUCGACGAUGUUUUAAAUAUGACUGCUUUUUGCACCGUCUGCAAGCUUGUCAUCCUGGUCCUAAUCUCCAAAGACGUAGAUGGCCUGAGUUAAAACCACCUGGCAAACCAUGCGGUGAAGCGUGCUAUCUUCUUUUGGAUGGUGUAAAGCAACUGAUAUCUUUCGAUAACAUAGGCAAAUCUCCCGUAAUGCUGGAUUCUGGAAAUGAAGCAUGUUCUGAAGAUAGUAACGACAGUAGCCAAUGUAGCAAGGAUGCCACGUUAACAAAAUCAUCGAAAAAUGGAAGCAACUUAUUUGAAAUCUUUGACCCAAAAGAUACAGAAUGGAACGGUUCAGAUAAGUCAUUUUUUCGCACGUUGCAAAAAACAUUUCUUAACAACUACUGCGCCAUCGCUGAAGCAAUGUUGACAAAAACAUGUCAACAAGUGUAUCGUUUUGUUCAACAAGAAGCAGCUGCUUGCCUACCAAUUGAGGUGAACAAGGAUAAUACACCACCGCGCAAGAAGAAGAAGAAGCAUCGUCUUUGGUCUGUGCAUUGUCGUAAAAUUCAGUUAAGGAAGGAAGAUAGCUCAAAUCAUGUUUUUAACUAUUCACCUUGCGAUCAUCCGGGACAAUGCGAUGCGAAUUGCCCAUGUUACAGUGCUCAAAAUUUUUGUGAGAAAUUUUGCAACUGCAGUAGCGACUGUCAAAAUAGAUUUCCUGGAUGCCGCUGCAAAGCUCAGUGUAAUACAAAGCAAUGCCCUUGCUAUUUGGCCGUACGUGAGUGCGAUCCAGACCUUUGCCAGACAUGUGGGGCUGAGCAUUACGAAAUUGGUAAGAUAACUUGUAAAAAUGUGAGCGUGCAGAGAGCUUUGCACAAACAUCUUCUGAUGGCACCAUCUGAUGUGGCUGGAUGGGGAAUAUUUCUCAAAGAAAGUGCACAGAAAAAUGAGUUUAUCUCAGAGUAUUGUGGAGAAAUAAUAUCGCAAGACGAAGCUGACCGCCGCGGCAAAGUUUAUGAUAAGUACAUGUGCAGUUUUCUCUUUAAUCUAAAUAACGAUUUUGUCGUUGACGCUACAAGAAAAGGAAACAAAAUUCGUUUUGCGAACCAUUCUAUCAAUCCAAACUGCUACGCUAAAGUAAUGAUGGUGAAUGGAGACCAUCGAAUUGGUAUAUUUGCAAAACGUGCAAUCCAGCCUGGGGAGGAACUUUUCUUUGAUUAUCGCUAUGGUCCUACGGAGCAGCUAAAAUUUGUGGGAAUCGAACGAGAAAUGGAAAUCCUAUGAACUCCAAAUACUACUUUUUUCUAAUUGCUAGAUUCUUGAUUUCACGGUUGUCAUCUGUGUCGUGCGAACUUAAUAAAAACGAUCUGGAACUCUGAAA